UCACAGUCUUAUGUAAAAACACUGUUGAUAAAAGAUAAGAUUAUGAUUGUGAAAGAAUCAAUUAUCGAUGAUUUUUCCUUGCUGAUGUUCAAAAAUUUAGAUGAUUUACAGGUUUUUCAGGACGAGCUAAAAGCUGUCAAAGCAAAAGAAGAGGCGGAAGAGAAACGGCGUAGGUAUGAGGAAAAUGUACGGUUAGGCUUAAUUAAGAAGAAAGGCCGUAAAAGUAAGGCCCAAUUAGAGAAAGAACGAAAACUGGAGAGGAGACGUUUACGACGAGAGAAGAAGGAGCAACGACGACGUGAUCGUAGGGAACGUCGAGAACGUGAAGCACGUGAAGGGACAAGUAUUGAUAGCGAAGAACAACGACUGCGUAAAGAGAGAAAACGUGAGCGAAAAGAACGGCGUGAACGUGAAAUGCGUGAGCGUGAAUUAGCUGGUGAUGAGAAAUUGGAUAAAAAGGAGCGAAAACGGAAAUUGAAAGAUCCAAAUGCGGCAAGGAAAACAUCUCGACAAUCGCGUUAUUCACGAUCAUUAGGACGAAUUGAGACUAUUCCAAGUGAAACAGCAGCAACAACAACAACAACGACAACAAUACAGAUCGACGGAAACGAUCGAACAACAAUAACCUGGAUGAAUGAUACUGGUAUUUCGGUGUGUUCUGCAAAUGUUGCAACUAUUGGUAAUCAAAAUAAUGCAUUAAGUAAUAUGCUUAAACGAUCAUCUGAUCUACUUAUCGAUAGUGUUGGAUAUGAGAAACGGGUGAAAUUGGAAUCGAAACAUCAAGAAGAUCAUAAAAAUGGUAUAAUUGGUAUAGCAACAAAGACAGAUAUAUCAGCAAUUAUGAGUGGAUCACCGCCACGUAGUGGUACAACUGGUGUAACACGUGUAAACACUAUAGUGACGAAAGUUGAUAUGUCAAAUGCUGGUGAUAAUCUUGGACAGACGGCAUGGAAUGGACAGUUACCACGUACAGUUGAUGCGCGUGAUCCUGUAUCAUCAGCUUCUGUUGAAACAACACAUCCAGUGGAUCCAGGACACGAUGUACCGUCAACAUCAGUGGUUGCAGGUCGUCAACAACAGCAACAAACGGGUGUCACCGCUGCACCACCAAUAAAUCUACCGAAUUUGUCGUCCGUGAAUUCGUUAAGUGCUGAACCACCUGGACUCUCGAUUGGUGUUCUUGCCCCAGCCGGACGGAAUGAGCUAUCAUCAGCUGUUGCAAGUGCCACUGCUGGUACCACCAACACGGAUAAUCGUGGAGCAACCGGUCCGCCAUCAGCACCGCCACCACCUCCCACUGCAUCUUUACUUGAUCCAUUUCGACAAGCAUUUUUUGGUGGCACCAAUCUUGCUGCAUUAAAUGCUGCUGCGGCUGCUGCUGCUGGUGGUGGUAAUGGAGCUACCAUUGGUGGUGCCGAUUUUGGUAAUUUAUUUUUCCCUGGUGCACCACCAAAUGCUGCAGCUGCAGCUGCAUUUCCAUUUCUUGCUGCACAAAUUCUACAGCAACAACAAACACAACAGUCCAUGUCACUUGCUCAAGGCACGGUACCUCCAACAACUCUUUCGGCAGCAGUGCAACCGUCAACCUCAUGUGCAUCAUCAAUGAGUUGUAUCCAAUUUCCACCUGGUACUGCGCUUGGUUCACAACUUGCCAAUGCUGCACUGUUAGGGCGAACUUUGCCAACGGCUGGUACUCAACCAUUACCUAUAAAAACUAAACAAGGACGAUGGUGUGCGAUGCAUAUUAAAAUAGCAUAUGAAAUAUUAUCGAAGAAAGAGCGCCGUUCAACACCACAACCAUCAGUUGUUGCAGCUGCAACUGCAGCUGUAUCGCAAAGUUCAUCGUCAUCUUCAGUAGCACCAUCAUCACAAAACAGUAGUAAUGCACCUACGAUAAGAACAGGUGGUGGUGUAACGGCUCCAUUUUGUCCACCUUCUACUUCAAAUGCUAAUAUAGCAAGUUUGGGUACUGGACUACCAACAUCAUUUCCUGCGUUAGCUCAGUCUGGUGCUUUAUCGUCACCAUUUACUCUACCGUUCCAGCAACUCUCUGAUCCUAGUAAAUUGGCUCGUCAAAGCUCAACGCCGAAGCAGCCGCAAGGUCGUUCGACGACAACAAUAAAUCGUAGUCCAACAACUUCUGCAUUACAUCUACAACUUGGUGGUGGCAAUACCGGUAGUGGUGCCGGUAGCUUGAUGGCACCAUCGAUGGCGGUAGCUGCGGCUGCAGCAGCUGCAGCCGGCGGUACUAUGCCUUCGCUUCAAGGAUCUCUUCCAAGUGCCCUACCCGGUGUUCUUGGUUCAUCGUUACCUCUGGCGCCGAAUUUACCAGGUGCUACCGCUUCUCUUACCAAUGGUACUAGUGAAGCAGCCGCUCAAGCAGCUAUGUUUGCUGCACUACAAAAUGCACAACAAAAUGCAGCAACAGCUCUUCCAAACGGUUCUCUUCCUUCCGCGCCGUAUCUGUUAUCAUCUGCUGCAGCCGCAUCUGCUCAACCACAUCCACUUUCAGCGGUCACUUCACAGGCACAAUCCGUUUAUUCGUCUCAGCGAUUAUUCGAUCCCAAUAUGGCUGCUGUAUUGCAACAGAUGCAAUCGUUGGAAGCAUUACGACAAUCGGCCGCCGCUGCGCAAAUGAGUUCUAAUGCUGCAGCUGCAACAGGAGCACAUGUUCCGGUUAGUGGUGCGCCCCAACCACCACCACCUCCACCGUCAUCUCUCGAUUUGGUCCGGAUGCAAAUGGAGCAGCAAAUGAUGGAUCGUUAUAUGGUGGCUUUGAGCAAUGCAUCAGGUAUAGGUAGCAAUACAUCGAUGACACCAACUUCGAAUCUUGAGCUCAUGCGACAACAACUUUUUGCUGCACAAAUGCGUCAGCAACAAUCUCAACCAUCAUUGGAAGCAUUGCUUGAAAUGCAACGUCAACAGCAUCAACAACAACAACAGCAACUUUACAAUGCUUCGCGUGGUCUCCCAUCAACGUACACUUUGACUGGUGCUACACCUCCAGGUGGAAUUCCUGGACCGGCUACGGCAGCAGCAGGAUUACCGCAAAGUCUUGGUGCGGCAGCUGGUCUUUUCAAUUCUAAUCUGAUGUCACUUGGGAACGCAGCCGCUGCAGCUAAUUUGCAGCAAGCAUUAUACAGUGGCAAGAAUCCGUACUCCAAUACGUUGGAACACCUGGCUCGACAGAAGCGCGAGGAAGAUAUCAUGCAGUCGGGAAGGUAGCCCAAUAGGGGACUUAAGGAGAAAAGGCUGACUGAUUUUUCGUUGAAAGUGUGAUAGCUAUGGAAAAGCAGAUCGAGUUCAUAUCAGAUUUAGGAUGGAGAGGACAGUGAUAUAAUCCGUUUUUCUGGGCUGAGGUAUAAGCGGUAUAUUACCUGGAUGUAAGUCACUCUGGA